AUGCGAGGGCGAGCCCCACUCUACCGUCGUACGGCGGUCGCCCUGACAGCAGUUCUGGCCUGUGCUGCUCUUGUCACAGCACUCAUGUGGAAUUCUGUCUUCGAGUUAGCCUUUUCAUCACAAGUCACAUUAACACCAACUUCCCGAGGCUACAAGGAAUGGGUCGCGCCUUCCCUACCUCUCUUCUUCAACGUAUACGUUUUUAAUUGGACCAACGCUGAUCGAUUUCCUGAGGAGCUGCCGAAUCUAGAGGAACUAGGUCCAUAUCGUUUUCGUGAGCAUCGUCGCCACAUCAACGUGUCCUUCAAUAGCCAGAACCACUCCGUGUCUUACCGAACUCAACGAAGCUGGUACUUCGAUGAGGAGUUCAGCAAUGGAACCAUGCAGGAUAACAUAACUAUCAUAAACGUUAUAGCAGCGUCAGCAGUCUAUCGUUCGAGACACUGGGGUUUCAUUCAGCAGAAGGGUCUGUCAAUGGGUCUCGCUAUGCUUGGUCAAGCUUUCUCAGUGACUAGGACAGCUGAAGAACUGUUUUUUGAAGGUUACGAAGAUCCUUUCUUGGAUAUAGCCAAGAUUCUUCCUGCAACCACGACUGGAGGGGCGCCACCAGUGGACCGGUUCGGUCUCUUUUACGAGAGAAAUAAUUCUAUGGAUACUGAGGGUUUGGUGGAAGUAGCAACAGGAGAGGCGAGUGGAACUUAUCCCGGACAGAUACUCAGGUGGAACAAUUAUGAAAGCCUUCCGUUUUAUGAAGGGGCGUGCUCCCAGAUAACAGGCAGCGCUGGUGAGAUGAUGGCCCACAAUUUGACCGAAGAGCCGUUCACACUCUUUGUCCCUGAUCUCUGUCGAACAGUUCACUUGGAAUUUGAUAGCAGUGGAAGUUUAGACGGAGUUAUGUACAACAAGUACACCAUGACUGACGCAAGCUUUGAUAAUUCUGUAAGAUCUCCUGAGAACGCCUGCUUCUGCAGCGGCGAGUGUAGUUGGAGCGGCACGAUGAAUGUAUCCGCUUGUCGUUACGGCAGCCCCGCGUUCAUGUCACUACCACAUUUUUUGUACGGAGAUCCUGAAUUGAGAUCAUACGUCACAGGAUUAUCGCCAGAUCCUGAAAAGCAUUCCUUUUAUUUCGCCAUAGAACCGAGACUCGGAGUGCCUGUGGAUGUGGCUGGAAGAUUUCAAUUUAAUGUUUUUAUUGAACCGACACCAAAUAUUGCACUCUAUGAAAACGUUCCACGGAUGAUGUUCCCAGUGUUUUGGGUGGAGCAAAAGGUUCAAGUGUCUCCGGAACUGCUAUCUGAAUUGAGAUCAGUACGAGCUGUUUUGGAGCGAGGGGGAGCAAUAUUAGCGGGGGUGGCUGUAGCACUCGCAGCCCUCGCCCUGGCCCUUCUAACAUGCUGUUCAAAAACAAGCAAGUACACCAGCCCACAAGAAAUCAAAGAAAAGGACGAAGCUGAAGCACAGUCACGCCGCGUGUCUAGAUUAGAUAAAAUCUCUCUGUGUCCUUGA